ACAUCGUGUAUUCUAAAUCAAACACCUAUUCGGUUGCCGACGCUACACUAAAAGUGAAAGCUCUUAAUGAAAACAAACCCCCCCAAGUCGAUUUUAUUGCAACUAAAUCUCCGAACCAUCCCGGGAGGUCUCUAUAUAAAGUCAUCGGCGGUAGCUUCCGAUAUCGUCAAAAACCUACCGCCGACUUGUGUUCUACAAAUUUUAUUAGCAAAAUUUUAUAAUCCUAAAUCAAAAAAAUUUUUAACCAAAAACAAAGGGAAAAUGAACGCUUAUCUAAAAAUCGCCGUUUGCUUUGUGGCUCUUUUCGUUUGUAUCGAAUCUGGGUACAUUGGGGGUGGCGGCGGAUUUGAUGGUGGAUACGGCGGUGGUCUUGAUGGUGGAUACGGAGGUGGAGAUGACGACAAAGACUACAAGGCUUAUCCAAAGUACAACUUUAAUUACGCCGUUAGCGACCCACACACUGGAGAUGAAAAGCAACAUCACGAAGAACGCGACGGCGAUCAAGUAAAAGGAUCCUACACACUCAAAGAAGCUGACGGAACAACGCGUAUUGUCGAAUAUCAAGCCGAUAAACAUAACGGAUUCAACGCUGUCGUUCAUAAAGUUGGACAACCAAAUGGUGGACACGGUGGAGCUGGUGGUUACGGUGGAGCUGGUGGUUACGGGGGUCAUUAUUAAUUUUUCUUUCGAUUUCGAAAGAAAAAGAUAAAAAAACUCCAAUGAUCGAUUCAAACUCUAGAAUAUGUGAUAUUUAUAUAUGUAUUAACCUUAUUCCUUUAUUAAUUUCUUCGUAUUAUUAUUAUUAAUUAUCGAAUUGAAUUUAAAACAUUUUUUUGUAUGUAUAUGUUAAGAAUAAAACCACACACAGUCGCCGCAAUUUAAGUUUCCAUCUCGGAAUAAUCCGUAAAAAAAUAAAGAAAUAAAUAAA